AUUGAAGCGUGCUCUCCGCGCAACUGAAGAAAGGCAUACUAUCAUAUAAUCCGCUUGGAAAUCAUCACUUUGUCUCUCCGAAUACCAAUUGUGACUUUUGGGCAAUCUUUUGUCUUGCACUCCGGACCUUUUUUGCAUUGAUAUACGCCCCGAAGCUCGUACAAAUGUCUCUUGAAGACGCGUGGGUUGCUGCGGCCGGGAACCCUUUCUAUCCACUUGUUUCGAAGGAUAAUCAGUUCUUCGUUGCAUCUACCCUUUUAUUGGCAGGUCUUGUUCUCACCGGGCUUUUCGGCUUAAGUAUGUCCUAGUACCAGGGAUAUGAGGUUCCCCUACUAAUUGCGCCAGAUCGAUCUCUUCUGAGUAUCCCCCUAUACGGUGUGCCUGCUUCGCUCGCGUUUGGGUUCGGGGCUGUCUUCAUGAUUUGCGCAGUCGGGGUUUACGUAUAAGCCUACUCGCCGUUUCCCUUCAUAGUUGGCUUGAUAACAAAUCCGGGUCGCGAUCGCGUAUAGGACGCGUUCGAUUUCCUCUUCCUUUUCGCGAAGAAACGGCUGGUCCCUCUCUCCUUGCGUAUUUAAUGAUUUAGCUUUCACCGCAAUGGACACCAAUGGCGCACCAAUCUUUUCUGCCGUUUCCAAUUUCACCCAUCAUCUCUACCUUAUAUUACGAUGCAUUGGCUUUGCCUCGAAAGCCGCAAUUCAAAUCACCCCACAAGGCAUACGCUUCUCUGCCGAAGAUGGGAGGGUCAUGCAAGGUCUCGCGUUUCUGGAUAAAACGCUGUUCGCCAAUUAUGUUUUUAAUCCUGUACCUAGCGACAAUGGUGUGGCUACCGAUACAGACGUUGUCGAGGAGGAAUUAGAUACUGCAGCAUAUCCACGAUUUCUAAUUUCGCUUACUGCUCUAAUUGAGACUCUUCAGAUCUUCGGGUUGAGCGAUGCUCCUCCACACUCUAACCCGAUAUCAAACCCGAUAACUGGCCCAGCAUCUAAUGCUUUCUCCACACCCGCUUUGCUUCUUAACCGUACCUGCACCAUAAGCUACCUGAGACCUGGAUCUCCAUUGUGCAUUACCCUUAGCGAAGCUGGCGUUACUACGACAUGUGAAUUGACAACUUACGAGCCUGAUAAUCCGGAAUUUGAGUCUUCAGAAGAUGUUGAUAUUCCCCUUCAACGAGAUGCCAUCCUGUUCAAGAUUAUCAUGCGCUCUCUUUGGUUGCACAAUGCUAUUAUGGAACUAGAUUCUACCAACCCGUCCGUCUUGACGAUAACCGCUUCUCCGAAGAAGGCCCCCUAUUUUGCACUUUCUGCCUCCGGUGGCCCAUUCGGCGAAUCAACUGUUGAAUUCUCAAUUGACAAAGAACCGGAUGCUCUCGCUGAUCCCUCAUACAAGUCCCUGAAUAAUAAUGGAAGUUCCAGGCAGCCAAAACGAGGCAAGCUGGCUCCUUCGGUAGCAGAGACAUUUCUAGUUCAUCCGCCUUCGUCAAGAGCCAGGGUGCGUCAGAGCUACCGGUUUGCGCUUGUCCGAAAAGCACUGCGUGCUAUGGCCGCAGCGAGCAAAGUUAGUAUUCGUGGGGAUAGUCAAGGCGUGUUGAGUAUUCAGUUUAUGAUUGAACUUGGAGAAGCGGUGUCGGACCCCCAUGGGUCAACCAAGACACAGCAGGUCCCAGGUACUCUCGAAAAUGUCAGCUUCGUGGAUUUUAGGUUUGUUCCAUUGGUUGAUGAUGAAGCGAACGAUGAAGGAGGCGAAUUAGGAGAAUAA